AUUACUUAUUUUCUCUCUGGUUUCUGUAAAUACGCUUUGGACCCGAACUAGCUUACACAUAUUAAGCCAACCACCACAUUCCAUUUCCUUCCCCUUUUCGUUCCUCCCGUCCCCCGUCCCCUCCCGUCUCCCCUCCCGCUCUCCUCUCCGCCGCCCACGACGCCCUCGACUACAGAUCGGAAAAACAUCACGGAUAUGCCAGAACAGAUGGAAGUCGACGCUGCCAGCAACAGGUCUCCAGAGCCCCGCCAGGAGGACGAAACACAGCAGGUCCCGGCGUCUCCUCCACAUACCCCUAAGCCACCCUCUCCGCCUCCCUCUGCAUCUGCGAAUGCAGUCCCGCAGAAGCGCAAGUCGCCACCUAGUGAGAGUGGCUCAGCCGACGCUCAGGGCGAGAGCGCCGACGAGGAUCAAGAGAUCCCCAAAGACGAGUACGAGGCCGGCCAGGUCAUCUGUCAGACCUGCGGCCAAGGUGUCUCCUUCCGUGACGACGCCUCAGGCGGCUUUACCCUCAAGCACUGGGAUGCUCACCGGCAAAAGUGCGCGACGACGAUGCAGGCUCCCCCUGAACCAGUCAUAUAUACCCCAGAAAGUACCGCGGAGGCCCUCGCGAAUCCGCCACCUAAGCGGCGGCGAGCGAAGAGGACGGAGGAAGAGCGGAUCGAUUAUCUACGGUCCGACCCCUACGUUGCUGAAUUCGAAGCCUACCGCGUCCUCUGUGCGUCGUGCGACAAGUGGAUUCGUCUCCGUCCCAACUCGACGUACUGCUCGAUCCCCUGGGAUGCUCAUCGGAAGAGCUGCCUAUCUAAGAAAAUUAACAAGAACGUAUAUGGCCUUGCAGAGCGUAACUCCAUACUCGCGAAAGACCCUGACGUCCGCAAGUUCGAUGCCGAACGUAUUCUCUGCAAUUCAUGUGACACGUGGAUUGGUGUCAGCUCGAGCAACCACAUGCAGGCCGUGCAGCAGUGGCUCUCACAUCGCACCUCUUGCAAGAAGUCGCUGCCCGAUCGUAAUGCUGCUUCCUCCUCGAAAUCGGAGGGCGGUGCACAUUCGCGUGCAACGGAUUCCGCGGAUGCCAUGACACCCGGGGCGAACGGCAAGCUCGGCGGUGACCCUGAGUCGCCGUCCUCGUCGUUCAAGGAUCUCAACCCGGGUAACUUCCCGCCUGCACACGAGUCCCGCCGCCGCAACGCGGAGCAGCGGGCAUCGACACUCCGUGCGGAUCCCUACGUCGGCGAGGUUGAGCCCAACCGGGUGUUCUGUAAAUUAUGCAGGAAGUGGGUUCAGCUCAGGCAGGAUAGUUCUUACUGCGCCUAUCCCUGGCUCCAGCAUCGGGGCAAGUGUUUAAUACGACAUGAGCGCAAGGCGCAAAAAGCUGCGCAGCUUGAAGCCAAGAUGCACGGCGGUGCAAGUGGCUCCAGGCUCAGCCAUGACGAUGGCAUGUCUGAUGGAUCUGAGGACGAGCUCGAGUCCGAAGACGGUAUGAUCGAUGGCGCUGAAGAUGCAGAUGGCGGCUCUGCCUCCAGCGUGCACUAUCGCAAGCGUGCGAAGAAGCCGCGCCUCGACGGCCCCUCCGCUGUCAGUGGCGGCGGUGGGUGGGCCGCUGAAGGCUCAGCCUCUUCUAGGGGCGGCGCACGCGGAGGAGCACGCGGUGCCAAGGGCAAGUUUGCAGAGAUCCCCGUCGCGGAUGUUCCGCCGGGCGCUAGCCGCCUCAUGAGGCGGCUCAACAUCGGCUUUGCGGAGCUCAAUUCCGCGCCAGGCCGCACCAACUUCAUCUUUUCGUCGAUCGCGUAUUUGUUCAUGACAACAUACGAACCUUCGGAUGACAUGACGAUCUCCUCACUCCUCACCUACCUCAACACCACCAUUCCGCCAGACAAGUACGAGGACUUCGAUACCACCGAGGUGGUCAAGGCCGCUGCCGCCCUCCAGGAGCGUGGUGACAUCGUCUUUGAGGGCGACACCCUCCGCCUCCUCGAGUGAGCGGGAGUGGAUAUCGAUGUAGCAUCGUGCCUACUGCUCACGGCGCGAACGAAUCAAGUGGACCCUUCGAUCCACUCCCAUCUCAUCUGCCUGCCAGCCUGCUUGUACUACUAUGUCACUCUCUCAUACUCGCUCGUAUUUUCUUGGACUUUGUCGACAUUGGGAUGCCGCCACCUGGUUUAUUUAUGGCUUGACGGGCGUAUACCGUCUCAUCACGAUCCGAGUUCGCGUUACGUUUUCGGACACUCAUUCCCAAUGCUCCCAUUUCAUCUCUCAUCUCUCUCCCCUUCCCCCAUUGCUCUCAUCCAUACAACAUUUCAGUCCAAUCAAACCCAACCAUCGCAUGCUAUGCAUAGUAGUCGUCCAUGUCUUACGCUAUAUCGCUACUACCAUCUGCCUCUCGAGCAGUGUCCUAUAGCCGCAUUUUGUUGUUGUAUCCCUCACUGCAUGCUGUCUAGUGUCCCAUGUGCUCUUCGUUCUAUCACUACAAAAAUGGACAUAUUUCGUCUACCC